AUGAACGAAGCUCAAACUGAAAUCACAAUUCCUCACUUGUUUAGAUGCCCCAUAAGUCUUGAUUUGUUGGAAGAUCCAGUGACUUUAACCACUGGCCAAACCUAUGAUAGAUCAAGCAUAGAGAAAUGGAUUUCCGCAGAUUCACAACUCUCAGAAAAUUUGGAGUUUGUGGAGGUAGCAUUUUCUUGCAUUGUUAAAUUGUUGCCUAUUGUAAAUUUGGAGCCUCUAAAUAUCAUCAAAGAUGAAUCAAAGUUAAAAAGUUGA